AUGGCCAUAAACAGUGACAAAAUCUCCAACUCCCAGAUCGAUACGACUUUUGAAAACACAGACGAUACAGAAACCCACCACCUGAUGAGGCUGCCGACAGCGGGUGUUUCGUCGGUAAGUUUGCCUAAAUCCACACGUUCCGGAGGGCUUUUUGACGGUUUCUUUAAGCAAAAGGACAAAAUCGUCGGUGACAAUGGCGGCCUGGUUCAGGAAAUCACCCUGAGACUCGAGACGCUUCAACAGGAGAACUAUAAUUUGAAGUUUGAAGUGGCCACGUUGACGAAGUACAUGCGUAAAACGCCCGAGGAGCAGAGGAACAUGGUUUACGAGAACAUGGAGCUCAAGCAGAAGUUGGCUCGCGCUUUGGAAGAGCUCGAGAGACUGGGCACAGACACGAGAGAGGACGGCACUGCCAUGGAGGCGAUGAAGCUGCUGUAUAAGGAGGCAAUUGCUGAUAAAGACGAUCUCAUAAGCGAUUUGAAGGCACAGCUUGCACAACUACGCCUGGAGCUGAGCAAAAGUCACAUCCCCGAUGAAUUCUACGCCCGACUCGAGUCGUUGCAGAACGACAACCAGCUGCUUCGAAGACAGCUUUCGGACUCAGCCAGCAAACGUGACUACAGUCAUAAUGAACUCCAAGAGGAGAACAACGAAUUGAAGGCUCAGAUCCACCAGCUUGAGCUCCAGCAACGGAAAGUGCCACUGGACGCCAAUGAUCAGAUAUCAAGUCUAGAAAAUGAGUGUAAAGCACUUCAAAGAAAGCUUCGAGAGGCUGUUGACGACUUGAGACUGGUAGAAGGCCAAAAGGAGGCACUUGAAGAGAGACAAAGAGGCACCAAAGCCGAGAGGGAAGCCCUUGAGCAGCGCGUGGAUACGUUGGCUCACGAGAAAAAGACACUACAGGACGAGAAGGACUCCUUGGAAGCCGUCAUGAGACUGAUACGAUCCCAGGCGCCAGGCAAAGAGCAAAAAAUUGAUGAAUUGCAUGCCGAAAUGAGCAAGCUUACUGCCAGUGCCAGUCGGCGCGAGGCCCAGCUCAAAGAGGCCACCACUGAGGCCAGAGAUCUCAGAAAUCGCUUGCGCAGCUUGGAAGAUGAUAUCCUUGAGAAACAGCACGAGGCGGAUCGACUCGCUCGCAAGAACGCACAUUUAGAAAAGGAGCUUGCCUCAAACAGUUCGCAAGACAGGUUCCGUGUUUUUGAAAACAACGACAAAACAUCCAAGUUGCUUGAAGAGCAAAUCGACGAGUUACGAAGGAACGCACAGCAUUUGAAAGCCGAGAAGCGUGAUCUCGAAGAUGUCAUUGCAGACUUGGAGGACCGCUUGUCCAAGCGCUCUCACCUGAAGAACGACCAGCAAUAUGUUAUUGACGAGCUCAACGAGAGAGUGGACUUCUACGAGAAGGAGUACAGCAGUCUUGUGGAGGAGAGCGAAAGAAACACCAUUAGAUUCAAUUCGUUGAGAGAUGAUCUCGAAGCGAAGGAGUUGCAGCUUGAGCAACUUAAGGCUGACUUGAGGCUGGCUCAACGUGAGCUGCUGAGGAAUGACUCGAUGUACUAUGAAAUGGAGAAGAAGCGUGCCGAAGAAAAAGUUUAUCGUCUUGAGCAUCAAAUCGAAGCUUUGAGCACGCAAAACAGACAGCUCGAACGGGAUGCUGAAGAGUUUAGAAGAAAGUCUGAUACCGUUGCCAAAGAUAAGGAACGUCUCACUAAGGAGGUUGUUGAAUUGGAGACUCGCAUGAGGGACAACAAGCUUUCACAGAGCAAGCUCGAAACCACUGUCAGAGAUAAGGAUGAGAUAAUAGAUGCAUUGGAAUCUCGUCUCCGUUCCAUGAAUAGAGAUUACAGAGGCAAGAGUUAUGUUGAAGAAUCGUAUGGUGCCAGGGCUGAAAUGACAUACGAGCUUCAGGCUAUCCAGCGCGAGAAGGAACGUCUGGAGCGUGAAAAGGAGCGCCUGGAGCGUGAACUUGAAAGACUUCAGAAGGAGCUUAAUGACCAGCAACGUUACUACGAGAACAAGCUCGAUGUGUUUAAAGAGAGGGCCAGACUUGAUGCUAUUCCUGAUGACUCUGCAAUGGUUGCACUUUUAGAGAACCAGCUUGAGGAAGCCAAGAGGGAGAUCAAGCUCUUGGAGCAGAAGCAGAAUGAACUGAGAAGGAAUGAUGUCUCGGCAGCUUUAGAUGACUACAGAGAGAGAAUUGCUGAAUUGGAGAGCAGAAAUGCAAACUCGCAAAAGGACAAGUCAAAGCUAAAGGAAGUCAUUGACACGUUGGAGACGGAGAUGAAGAUCUUGGCCUCGGAGAAAACACAGUUGGAAGUUCGAGCGAGGAACUUGGACCUGGAGUUGACAAAGACUACUCGCCAUUGCAACAGGCUUGCAAGAAAGGUCAAUGAUCUUGACACUGCCGAGUUCAAGAGUUCCAGUAAAAACGCCGAAGAUGUCUUGAGGGCAAAGAAAGCCAACGCCCAACUUCAAGCCCACAUUGACUCUCUCAACAACAAGCUUGCCCAGGCCUCCAUUUCCAAUCCAUUCAGAUCCUCUGGUGAUAGCCGUCGCAGCGGCACCGAACUGAGACUUCAACUGAAUGAGCUCCUUUUCUACAAAGCCAAGCUUUACGAGCUUCAAACCAAGGCGAAAGACCUAGCGCUGGUGCAUUCGAUGGUGAUGUCUUCCUUACGUAAUGCCGACGCCGAGUUCCGCAAUGAGCUUGCCAAAACGGCUCUUCUUGGUGUGCAUCCCGACGUUGAAAAGAGCCCCCACAAGAAGCCCACUUUCAAAGUUGUUGCCCAGUUUGUGUUGGCUGCCGUGAGAUUAAGGAAGAGACACGAGAGAGCUGUGGCACGCAAGCAGCAGCUCCUACAGCUACGUGAGGAGAUUGAGAAAGAUCGUAUCACGUUGAUGGCCGAAUAG